AUGAAGAUGCUUGGACAAGAGGGUGAGGCAGCAGCCGAGGAAACAAAGAAGAGCAACCAUGUCAGGAGGAAGCUUGAGGAGCGUCAGAAGGGACGUGAGCUUGACGCUCACAUUGAAGAGCAAUUUGGCAGUGGAAGCUUGCUGGGGUGCAUUUCUUCCCGCCCUGGACAGUGUGGCCGAGCUGAUGGGUACAUCCUUGAGGGUAAAGAGCUUGAGUUCUACAUGAAGAAGCUUCAGCACAAGAAGGGCAAGGGCGCUGCAGCUUAG